AUGGCUUGCUCCACCUUCCUCUGUCCCGUAGCGUUCAGCUUCUCACAAAAACCACUUCAAUCCACCUUUCUGCAUUCUUCCGUCAACCCCUCUCUACUCACGCUCAACGUUCUUCCAAAGAAAUUAAGAAAACCCCACCAACUGAGAAGCCUUAUAGUGGCCAAAUCCAAUGGCAGCGACUCUGCUGAUGUUCCUGACCGCUUGAUUUCAGCGCUCUGUUACUUUUACCCUUUCUUUGAUGGCAUACAGUAUGGAAAAUAUGUAAUCACUCAGUUCUACCCUGUUCAGGCCAUUAUUCAACCACUGGUCCCUGCAAUAAGAGUUUUCAAGAGCUUUCCCUUUAAUGGGUUCCUAGUGUUUCUCACCCUUUAUUUUGUUGUAGUGAGAAACCCCAAUUUCAGUAGGUAUGUCAGGUUCAACACUAUGCAAGCCAUUGUCCUUGAUGUGCUCUUGAUUUUCCCUGACCUCUUGGAAAGAGGGUUUAAUCCCAGGGAUGGGUUGGGGCUGGAUUUGAUGAUGAGUUUGGAUAGCACUGUGUUCUUGUUCCUCUUGGUGUGCUUGGUUUAUGGUUCUUCUUCUUGCUUGCUGGGUCAACUCCCCAGAUUGCCCAUUGUUGCUGAGGCAGCUGACAGGCAGGUUCUUUGA